CCCACAACAACAAUAGUUCAAUGAUGUCAGACGUCAGUGUCAAAAAAGGCGCCAAAAGGUUUUUGUUAUCAAUUCUUGUCAGUUACCUUGUUCGGCGAGUUAAAUAAAUGUUUUGCGACUCUCCUACUGUGCCCGAGUUUGUCAGCAAAUAAGAAUGGAUCUUAAUAUACGAAGAAAAUCUACUAAAGUCCAGCUAUCCGGCAGCCUCGUAGAAACGUAUCCUCAUGAUCUUCAAAUGUACAAGAUUCCACCUACUGAAAACAUAACACUUCAGGAGUUCGAAACUUUGGCUUUAGAAAGAGUAACAUUAUUAAGAUGUUUAGCCACGGCAACUACACUUAAAGGGCUACGAAUGUAUUCAGAAGAAUGGACAGAUUAUGUGAUCGGCGAGUUAAAAACUCAAGGUUUAAAAUACUAUGCGAAACUUUGUGAAAAGACAUCAUGUGCCACAACAGAAGCGGAUUUGCAAGCGCGGCGAAAAGAUCAUAUAGCACACUUUAUUCUGCGUUUAGCAUAUUGCCGAACUGAAGAACUGCGUCGGUGGUUCAUUGCUCGGGAAUUAGAGUUGUUCAAAAUGAGGUUUGCAACAAUGAGGAGUGAAGCAGUCGAAACGUUUUUUAAAAUAAACAAUCUUUGCUACACCAACAUAUCGGAUGAAGAGAAAAGUGAAAUUUUGCAUAAUCUCAGGGAGUCCACCCCACAUCCAAAUAUAGAUAACAUGAAGUUUUACAAAGUUAAAUUCUAUGAAGUGUUAGACUUGGUAAAAAUGAGAAAGGUUUACCUUAGUGGUGGCUAUGCAUACAUUGCCCACAAAGACUUCAUAUCUGUACUGUCUGCUCAAUACAGGACACAGUUGAAGCAAAGCUUGGCCAUAGCUUCUCACCACCUUGGUGAAAUAGAACAAGACGAGAGAUUAGUUUCCUUGUUGAAAGGCUUGCAUCAAUCAUAUUCUGGCGAUGACUAUAGCAAUGCUAAAGCUAUGAUACCAAUUGAGAGUCUGGACUCACUAUCUGUUAAGUCAUUCCCUUUGUGUAUGCGGCAGCUACAUGAACAGUUACGGCUAGCUCAUCAUUUAAAGCAUGGAGGAAGAUUACAAUAUGGAUUGUUCCUUAAAGGUAUUGGUGUCACACUAGAAGAUUCUCUUAGAUUCUGGAGAGACGAGUUUACUAAAAUAAUGGAACUUGAUAAAUUUGAGAAGCAGUAUGCUUAUAAUGUAAGAUAUAAUUAUGGUAAAGAGGGUAGCAAGAGAAACUAUUCUCCUUUUAGUUGUCUGAAAAUAAUAAGUAAUACAGUUGGGCCAGGAGACUGUCAUGGAUGCCCUUACAAGCACUGUGAUGUCAGUAUCCUCAAGAACAGGCUACAAGGAUAUGGUUUUGAAUCUCAAGCAAUCAAUGAAAUAAUAGAUAUGACAAAGAAAGGACAUUUCCAAAUUGCAUGCAGUAAGCAUUUCGAUGCUGUGCAUCAUAGUGACCUGGGAUUGGCCAUCAACCACCCAAAUCAAUACUUUGAGGAAAGCCAGAAAAUUGCUAAAGGAGACAUCAAAGUAGAGAUCAAGAAAGAAGCCAAAUCAGCAACAGUUAAAAAAGAGGUGGAUGACUUUGAUGGAAUGGAUUUUGAAGAAAUAAUGUAAAGGCAUCUUCAUAAAAUUCGGAUAACAAUAAAACACAGAAAAUAAAUUUUCAAAAGAU